AUGUGGGCUGCUGGUAGAGUUUACGACUGUUAUGGGCUUCUUUGGGCGCCGACGUUGAUGGGAAAUGGAGGUUGGAUGGUGGCAUUGAGGGUGGUUGAAGAUGGAGCGGUGGCGGUGAAGGUGGUUGGACGGUGGUUGGGCUCCACUAAUGAAAAUAGUAACGACAUCAGUGCUCCUGAAAAUGCUCUUCACAUUCUCAGGGACUGUGUUCAAGCUAAAGAGGUUUGGGAUUUGAUUCACAUGCCUAUCUCUUUUUACUCUCAAGAUCUUAAAACCUGGCUAUCCACAAACCUUACCCUUAACCCUCCUGUUGUUUCCCAUCCCCAACUUCCUUGGCAGAAUCAUUUUUCUUUCAUUCUCUGGAAAAUUUGGCUUAAGAGAAAUAACCUCAUUUUUAACCAACUCAAUCAACCCCCAGAAUCCUCCCUUAGAGAGUCUCAAGCUUUAGAUUGGGAAUUUGAAACCUCUCUGAAGAUUUCUUCGGGUUUGAUCUCCUCUCCCAUCUCUUCUGUCUGUUCGUGCCUUCCUACUGCCCCUUCUCUUAAAAUGAAUUGUGAUGCAUCUUUCAAUUCUGAUAACUCUUGGGCUGGGAUUGCUGGGGUGGUAAGAGAUUAUGCAGCAAGGAAUUGGAUAUUGGGUUUCUAUCAGAAAUGUAGAGUCAAAACUGCUUGUCUGAGGGAGUUGGCUGCCAUUGCAGCUGGCUUAGAGCUGAUCAGAGAAAAGGGCUGGGACAGAGUGGGUGUUUACUCACACUCGAAGCAAGUUGUUGAUCUCAUCUCAAAGGAAACGACUAUAAAGGAUAUAAACUCUAAUAUUCUGAAAUGGUGUAGGGUCCAGCUUGAGGAUAUGCAGCAUGUCAAAGUUCACUAUGAAGGCAGGAAUGCAAACAGGGCAGCUAACUUAUUAGCUAAAUAUUAUAGGACUUCUCCGAAUCAAGAUGUAACUCUUGUAAUUUUGUAUGAUCCACCUGAAUUUAUUCGAGAUGUAAUUUUGCAGGAUAAGCCUCCCUAA